AUGGAAGAACUGAAGCGGCGUCGAGGAGGAUUGAGGAGUGCUCUUUCUCGCUCGAUCAAUGGAGCAUUGGAGAAGCUCACCGAAGCAGAUCUUCAGGAGGAAGAAAUCGAGGUCCUGACUGCACAGCUAAAGAAGAAACUGGAGAAGUUGGAGGCAGUGGACGCAGAACUGGAGGUCCUCUGGACAGAACAAGAACUCGAGGCCGAACAACAAGAAAGCUUUGAAUAUAAUCCGGAGUUGAACCUAGUCAAAUUCAACGGGCAACGAAAGGACUGGAUGGCAUUUUGGGAACAGUUUCGGCAAGUCAUUCAUGACAAUGGGAGGCUUUCCGUUUGCGAGAAGUUCAGCUACUUGAGGUCAGCUCUCACUGGGGAAGCUGCAGCAGCAAUAUCUGGACUGCCACCUACAGAAAGGUGUUACAAUGACGCACUUGAAAUUUUGAAAGGUCGUUACGGGAAUGAAGCCCUGCAAAUAGAGGACCACAUGACGAGGCUCAUGGGAUUACAACCAGUCAGGUCCCACCAGGAUGCAAAGGGUCUCAGGAAGCUCCAUGACGAGCUGUCAUCGCAUACAAGAGCUCUGAAGGCAUUAGGAGUCUCGGAGGAGUCGUUUUCGUCAAUGUUGUACUCCCUAAUGCUUCGCCUGAUACCACAAAGCAUCGUUGUGGAAUUCAACAGAAGGAUGCUGGAGGCAGAAGAUGGAUCUCCAGAGGAAGGGGGAUCUCGAGAGGAGACGCCCAACGGACAAGGUGACAGAGAAAAUCCAUCACCUUCCAGCGGGGAGCACGUCGCUAAGUUACGUAAAUUCAUCAAGUUCCUACGAGUGGAGGUAGAAUGCUUGGAAAGAACGCUUACUGCUCAAGGAACAAGAAAAGAUACAGGAGAUGGAUUUCCAAAAAUGAAAGGCGCUCGAAAGCAGCGUACAAAGGGAUCAGCGAGACUGUCGUCAGCAGCAGCACUAGUCAACACUACAGAUCAGCUGUCGGAUUGUUUCUUUUGCAAGUCACGGGAUCACCGGACCACGGAGUGCGACACACGGAUGUCACAGGAUGACAAGCUGCGAAGGCUGCAGGAGGCAGGACGAUGUUUCCGAUGCACCUGGCCAAACCACGUAUCGAGGAAAUGUUGGAGGAAGGUGAAAUGCGGUAAGUGCCAAGGAAGGCACGCGGCUUCGGUGUGCAAUCAUCGUAGAGGAGAUGAAGAGGUGAUUCAAGACCGCGCAGCGGAUGGAACAACUCAACUGAGUUUAGAGCUGUUGAACGAAGAUUAUGCUCCUACGACUGUUUUGCAGACCACAGUUGCUUGGUGCAAAGGGGAAAAGGAGCAACGGAAAUGUAAGGUGAUGUUCGACACCGGCAGUCAACGCUCGUUCGUGACCAAGCAGAUCGCCCAGACGCUCCACUGCAGGACGGUGGGAGAAGAGACUGUAAAAGUAGGAGUGUUUGGAGGGCAAGAGGAAGAGCGGCUAUAUAGACGAGUUCGACUGAAACUGCAAAGUAUAUACAACGAGAACGAGUACGACCUGGAAGUCCUGAAAGCCAAGGACCAGCAAGUUCUCAUCGGCACAGACGUGUACUGGGAUCUGGUGACAGGAGAAGUGAUCAGGUUAGGACGAGCACUGAGAGCAGUAGAGACGCGGCUGGGAUGGACAGUGCACGGGGCUACUUCAGAAGCGGGAAGGAGUCACGAGUCCAAUCAAGCACUGGUACUACGAGUUUCUGCUAAUCAGGACCAGCAGGAUAACUACGUGCAGAAGUUUUGGCAACUGGAAGCAAUUGGAGUCGCACCAGAAACCGAAAAGAGUGAAAGCGAUAGUGCACUGCGGCGGUUCGGCGAAACGGUGACUUUGAACGAGGGACGCUAUGAGGUAUCACUUCCAUACAAAGCCGUAGGGAACUUGGACAGCAACGAAGAGAUUGCGCUGAAGAGGCUGGGCCAACUAACCAGAAAACUGUCAAAAAACGAAGAACUCAUGAACAGAUAUGAUGAAGCCAUACGCAUGUAUAGUCAAAAUAACAUGGCGGAGAGAGUACCGGCGAAGAGCGGGGAGGUCGUCUACUAUAUGCCUCACCAGGCGGUACUGAGAGAGACGAGUAGCACUACCAAAUUGAGAGUGGUGUUCGACUGCUCAUCAAGUAAUGGAAGCACGAAGUCCCUCAACGACUGUUUGGAAGUCGGGCCUAAUUUAAACCCGGAUGUAGUGGAGCUAAUGAUCAACUUCCGAAUCAAUAAGGUGGCUUUAGUAGCGGAUGUGGAGAAAGCCUUUCUGCAAAUACAAGUGAAGGAGGACGAUAGGGAUGCUCUCCGCUAUCUCUGGUAUGAAGGAAAGCCACAAAAAGGAAGCCCGCUACCGAAAGUAGAACAUUGGAGAAUGACAAGGGUACCCUUCGGCACAACGGCGAGUCCUUUUCUGCUGGCGGCGACAUUACGACAUCAUUUUAAGGUCAUGGAACAAGAAUACCCUGAUACCGCAAAAAUGCUGGGAAAGCACAUAUACGUGGAUGAUCUGGUGACUGGGGCGAAUGAUGCAAAAGAGGCAAUCAAGAUUGCGAAAGACUCAACAGAGAUCCUACAACGUGCGAACAUGAAGUUGCACAAGUGGCCAUCAAACGAUAAAAGCGUGCUGGAGUUCCUGAGAGGUGAGACUGAGGAAAGGAAAAUAGGCGAAAGCGACGAGAUCCAGAAAGUGUUGGGAUUGUCGUGGCUGCCAGAAACAGACAUGUUGACGUUUUCUGUCGAUGGAGUUUGGAACAUGUACCAGGCAACUGGGGCCACCAAACGACUUGUGCUACGAAUUACAGCACGGAUAUUUGAUCCACUUUGGAUGUUGGCACCGUUUACUAUCCGUGGAAAGGCAAUAUUUCAGGAGCUGUGGAAGCUAAAGGUCGGAUGGGACGACCCUUUGCCUGCGCAGUCGCAAGUAUCCUGGAGCCAGUGGGGUUCUGAACUGUAUCAUCUUCAAGAGGUUCAAUUACCAAGGUAUUAUGGAGCGAAUGGGGUCGCCGGCGUCAGACACAUCGAAAUACACAUCUUUUGCGACGCCAGCCCGACCGCAUAUGGGGCAGUGGCAUACACAGUCAUGGAAGACAAGUCUGGGACGAGAAGCAGUGCGUUUCUCAUCGCAAAGACAAGACUCGUUCCUCUAAAGGCGCAGACGAUACCUCGACUUGAGCUGAUGGCUUGUCUCGUCGGAGGAAGGUUGUUCGCGUACCUGAAAGCAAAGUUUGAAGCAUGUCUCACGCAAAUUCAUUUCUGGACGGACUCAAAGAUUGCGCUCUGUUGGAUACAAGGGGACGCCAACCGCUGGAAGCAGUUCGUUCAAAACAGAGUGAGGGAAAUUCAAGAAAUCACAAACUCCGCGGAAUGGAGAUACUGCAACACAAAGGAGAACCCGGCGGAUAGGCUGACCAGAGGCAUCACUGCAGACAAAUUGAUUGAUAGCCAGCGGUGGUGGACGGGACUAAACUGGAUUUUGUGCGACCAACGCCAAUGGCCUACGUCGAGCACGGACAGGGAAAAAUUCGGGAAGGUAGAGCUGGAAGAAAAAGUCUCACAAGACGUGAUUCAGACGCUAACCGCAACAGUUGCGGAAAUCGUCGACAUGAAGAGGUACAGCUCAGUAAAGAAGCUACAUCAUGUGGUAGCCUGGGUCUUGCGAUUCGUAGCCAAGCUGAAGAAACGGAGUGGGGAAGGUGGACCUCUCGGCUCAGAAGAGGUACGAGAAGACGAAAAUUAUUGUCUGAAGAUCGUGCAGCAGAACGCGUUUCAUGCAGAAAUAGCAGCGGUUCAGAGCCAAAGACCGUCGCCUGCGAAAUCGCCCCUACAAGGGUACAGUCUGUUUUUGGACGGCGAAGGGAUCCUCAGGAUGACUGGCAGAUUACAAGAAAGCGACCUACCCUACGCUCAAAAGCAUCCUAUUGUGCUACCAAAGCAAGACCCUUACUCUGAAGCUAUCAUCAGAAAGUGCCAUUUGGAUGUGUUACACGGCGGUAUGCGAGAUACCCUAGUACAAGUGCGAGAGAAGUACUGGAUAGUACGUGCUAGGCAAGCUGUCAAGAAGGUUAUAAGAAGUUGCGUCGUAUGUCAACGAUACAAUGCGCAGGCUUCAAGACAAAACCCAGCGCCGCUACCAGCGUCAAGGGUAUCGCAGUCGGAGCCGUUUACAGUUACUGGACUUGACUUCGCAGGACCACUGAUGGUGAGGACGAGCCGAUCAACGAGGCAGAUAUACUUCGUGAUAUUCGUAUGCGCAACAACGAGGGCGGUACACCUGGAAGUAGUGCAGGAUAUGUCCACGACAACAUUUUUGCUGGCUUUCCGAAGAUUUGUUGCACGACGUGGAAUACCGAGCAAGGUGUACAGCGACAAUGCGAAGACUUUUCAAAAGAGCAACAAAGAGUUGAAGAAAUUGUGGAAAAUUGUAACUGGAGAGGGUGUCAAGGAGAAGAUCACUGAUUGGACAAUUGAUUGGCGAUACAAUGUUCCGUACGCUCCCUGGUGGGGCGGAUUUUAUGAGCGACUCAUCAGAUCCGUCAAGGUGGCUUUGAAAAAGACCAUCGGCGCAAGGUGCCUGAACGAGACAGAGCUCACCACUAUCGUUACCGAGAUAGAAGCUGUUAUAAACUCGCGGCCCCUCACUUUUGUUUAUGACGAUCAAGAGAUCCGCCCAUUGUAUCCUGCAGCGUUCCUUACGGGAAAAAGACUAACGACGCUACCAGCUUCUGACACAGGCGACAUGCCGGAAAGCUCAGCCGACACCAUCCAACGUUGCUGGAGGCAACGAGCGGAAAGCUUACGUACUUUCUGGGAGAAAUGGUCACGGGAGUACCUUACAGAACUAAGGAAUCUUUGGAGCAAACGUCGUGGUAGAGCAUUACAAGAGGGCGACUUGGUCAUCGUACGCGAAGACUGCAGGCCGAGGCAAAGGUGGACAACAGGAAGGAUUUCGCGAUGCCUGCCAGGAAGGGACCAGAAAUCACGGGCAUUCGAAGUUAAGCUGCCCAACGGGUCAACUAUCUUCCGAUGUGGUGAACUUUUGUAUAAACUUGAAGUGUGA